UCGAGGAUGUAACAAAUCGCUGUUUUUAGAAUCACAAUUUUUCAUAUUUUUGUGAUCAAAACGCUCACCUUCAUUUGAUCACAUCUAGAUCAUUGGAUUUGACAUGUCUUAGGUAAACACUAAAGUGCAAUGAUGUCCGAUGAUGGUCUCCAUAUCCCUGGAGGCUUGGAAGCCAGGCCAGCCUACAGGAAUCCACAGCAUACUCAGAAAGCCUUUGAAGUUCUCAACAUUCUCAGAAGGCAAAGUAGGCUAUGUGAUGUGGUGCUUGUUGCCGACGAACUCGAGACUCCAGCCCAUAAAGCAGUCCUUGCUGCCUGUUCGCCAUAUUUCUAUGCCAUGUUCACAGCCGACCUAUCAGAGGCCAAAGCAGAUAGGAUCGUUCUUCAGGAAGUCGACCCCAAAGCCCUUGCUCUACUCAUAGACUUUGUGUACACUUCGGAGGUCCAAGUUACAGAGGAAAAUGUUCAGAUUCUCUUACCGGCCGCCAAUCUUCUCCAGCUUGUGGAGGUCAGGGACGCAUGUUGUGAUUUCCUCCAGUCGCAGCUCCACCCAUCCAACUGUCUUGGCAUCAGGGCGUUUGCCGAUCUUCAUGCCUGUACAGAUCUACUACAAUAUUCUCAAACAUAUACAGAGCAGCAUUUCAGUGAGGUUGUGCAGCAUGAUGAGUUCCUGUCAUUACUACCAUCACAAGUUUGUAAACUCAUCUCAUGCGAUCGUCUGACUGUACAGACUGAGGAACAGGUGUUCGAGGCGGUGAUAUCAUGGAUCAAACACGACCUGCCCAGCAAGGAAGAAUACAGCGCCCAGCUCAUGGAGCAUGUGCGCCUACCGCUGAUGACCCAGGAGUACCUUGUACAAUGCGUCGAGGAGGAACCCCUCAUUAAGACGAAUAGUGAAUGUAAAGACUUUCUCAUUGAGGCCAUGAAGUAUCAUCUCUUGAAGGGAGAACAGAAAUCUAUGUACAGGACACCGAGGACCAAUCCUAGGACGCCUAUUGGACUGCCAAAAGUUUUACUAGUCAUUGGGGGCCAAGCACCUAAAGCCAUUCGCAGCGUUGAAUGUUACGAUUUUAAAGAGGAGAAGUGGUAUCAGGUUGCUGAGAUGCCGUCGAGGAGAUGUAGAUGUGGUGUUGCAGUGUUAAAUGGUCUUGUUUAUGCUGUUGGUGGAUUCAAUGGAUCUCUGCGAGUACGCACUGUCGACGUCUACGACCCUUCCAAGGACACCUGGUCGUCGAUAGCGUGUAUGGAGGCGAGAAGGAGCACCCUGGGGGCAGCAGUUCUUAACGGUCUUAUUUAUGCAGUGGGAGGUUUUGACGGAUCAUCAGGUCUGAAUAGUGUGGAGUGUUUUGAUGUUCUGCUGAAUGAGUGGAAAAUAGUUGCACCAAUGUCCACCAGGAGGAGCAGUGUGGGGGUAGGCGUGGUCGGAGGCUUACUUUAUGCGGUGGGUGGUUAUGAUGGUGCGUCCCGACACUGUCUAAGUUCAGUCGAGUGUUAUAAUCCAGAGAUGGACACAUGGAACCCUGUGGCCGAGAUGUCUUGUCGGAGGAGUGGGGCAGGUGUGGGUGUCGUUGAUGGUUUGCUAUACGCUGUUGGGGGCCACGAUGGUCCGCUAGUCAGGAACAGUGUAGAAGUGUACAACCCUGAUACAAAUGCUUGGAAUAAGGUGGCAAACAUGCACUUGUGUAGGAGGAAUGCAGGAGUUGUUUCUCAUGCCGGGUUGCUCUAUGUGGUUGGAGGUGACGAUGGCUCGUCAAAUCUCGGUUCCGUGGAAGUUUACGACCAAAAAAACGACACCUGGACUCUUCUGUCCAACACCAUGAUGAUGGGCCGCAGUUACGCUGGCGUUGCAGUCAUCGACAAAUGUUUAUGACAAAGACUGCAGGGGAACUUCACGAUUGAGGCGUCGCUAUCGGGGGUCGAGGAUAUGGACACGGAUGUUGAGGAUGAAGCCGGUGGAAACUAAAGAAAUCUUUUACCCUCCAAGAAUAAUGAGGCACCUGCAUUCAGAUCUAUCUUUCAAGCUGUGGGGGCUGCGCGAACUUUUUCCACCCAACAGAUGCAGAGUGAGACGCAAGCAUCUGCUAUGGCGGCCUCCCGUCUGUUGUUCCACACACAACCGUGAAAUGAGGUCAUGAUGAUGUCUCGUUUUGUCAUUUGUACAUGUAAUCCUGAAGAACCGCAUGCAUCAUUUGCGAUGAGAAAGCUUACAGUGCUUUUCUAUGAAUGAUGAUGCAAGCAGGGGGCUUUUUGAGUUCGUAAAUGUCAGGUGUUUUCAUGUUAAUGCGUAAUGGAGUCACUAUUGUGCGAAAUGCAUAAAACUUUGUACAGAUACAUAGAUUUCUGGAUUUUGUCCCUUGAAUUACAGUAGAACCUCUCUAUUAAGGACACUACUCGCUUCCUUAUUAGAUGUGCUGAUUACAGAGAUCAAAUUUUAGAAACGACUGGUUUGGAACCAAAGCACUGUCCGUCAUAGAGAGGGAGGUUGUGCUCCCAAGAAUGGUGUCUGCUGAGGGAGGUUCCACUGUACUUUAGGACCUGAAGAGGCUCAUGUAGAAUUGUGUGGGUUAGGGGAUAGAAACCUUGUUGUGGCCAAAAGGUUGUGAAUCAUAUCACUUGUACAUUCUUGUCACUGUCUAACUUGGUAAAUAUUGGCUGAAUCAACCCGCACCAAAUAUCUUAAAGUCAGUAAGUCAUGCUGGCGUUAUGACAUAAUGCAAUGUAAGAUGUCAAGAUCUGUAAAUAUCUGUAAAAAAAUAGCUUCAUGUAAACACCGAUUAUGGAAUAACCUUUAGGACCGUUGUCAUCUAAGCUCUCACUUUUAAUGUCUCCCCAUGAAUUAACCCGACGCAGUACAUCUUAAACUGGUUUGAAAGUAUACAUGUAUGUCCUGUAAUCAGCCAUGUUCAUACAUGUAGCAGUUGAGUCAAGAGUUGUACAUUGUAUAUACUGCAUGUUGAAAUGAUGAAGCAGUGAUUUGUAACAUAUCAUUAACAAAAAUUGAUGUGCUGAAUAUAUUGGGACAAAUAGUUUUUGUGAGUAAAAUGUGAAGUUCAAAUGUGAAUUUGUAUAUAAUAAUGUUAUGAUCAUGUAUUAUUUUAGUCUCCAAUACUCACAAGUAUUGAAUAAACGAUAAAUUGGUGCGAUUACUAUGAUUGCUUACCAUUUAUUAAGUACCUUGCUAACGAGCAAUUUAAAUCACUGCCACCUGUGAUUUACCUAAGUAGCAUCAAUAAUGGAUUAAUCCAUUAUUGGUCGCAUGUGAUGAUAAUCGCUCAUUUUCAGUGGUCAUUUCGGCCGCAGCAAGACCAGCGGGUGCAAAUACUGGUUUUACCCACAGUUGGGAGACACUUUUGUAUCAAAUAGCAGUGAUUACAUGUAUAAUCACUCGUUUCCUGGGCGCUUUAGCGAAACUGGCAGCUUCAGCUCAUUUUCUCCAUUGCAAAGGAUAAGGGUACAAACAUUUGCUUUUUCGCUUGAAUAUGUAUUUCAAUUUCUAAUUAGGUUGUAUUGAAUCUCUGUACAGAGCACAGUAUAAAAGUAUUAAAUUAUGUUGAAAUUA